UGAUUUAUCUGUUGUUUGUAUCGUCGUCGUUUUUAGUUCACUCACUGCACCUCCUAAAGCCGGCUAUGCCAGUCGGCAAGCUUCGAUUUUCGUGUCAGUCUCCGGCGACGGCGAUGGAGCCUACUGCGAACGACGACGAGACGUGGCUGUGGGCGCAGAUUAAAGCCGAGGCGCGACGAGACGCUGAGUCAGAACCGGCGUUGGCGAGCUAUCUUUACUCGACGAUUUUGUCACAUUCAUCGCUUGAGAGAUCGCUUUCGUUUCAUUUAGGGAACAAACUUUGCUCCUCUACUCUUCUUUCCACUCUUCUUUAUGAUCUUUUCCUCAACGCUUUCUCCACUGAUCCCACUCUACGAUCCGCCGCCAUUGCGGAUCUGCGAGCGACUCGAGAACGUGAUCCGGCAUGCGUUUCCUUCUCACACUGCCUCCUUAAUUACAAAGGAUUCUUGUCGUGCCAGGCUCAUCGUGUGGCUCACAAGCUGUGGACUCAAUCACGCAGGCCGCUAGCUCUGGCACUUCAAUCUCGCAUCUCCGAUGUCUUCGCCAUCGACAUUCACCCAGCAGCAAGGAUUGGGAAAGGCAUUAUGUUGGAUCACGCCACCGGGCUAGUAGUAGGUGAGACUGCAGUGAUAGGCAACAACGUAUCAAUUCUUCACCAUGUCACUCUUGGAGGGACAGGAAAGAUGUGUGGAGACAGGCACCCAAAGAUCGGCGACGGGGUUUUGAUCGGCGCUGGAGCCACAAUUCUGGGCAAUGUGAAGAUCGGAGAAGGAGCUAAGAUCGGCGCGGGAUCAGUGGUGCUCAUUGACGUGCCACCACGGACGACUGCGGUGGGCAAUCCAGCACGGCUGGUGGGAGGGAAGGAGAAGCCAUCGCAGCUGGAGGACAUCCCUGGAGAGUCGAUGGACCAUACGUCGUUCAUCUCGGAAUGGUCAGAUUACAUAAUUUGAUAGUACUUUAUAGCAUGAGUGAUAUGCAUUUGCACCUCUCUGGCAUUUUCAUGGCUGUAGCAGCCAUUAGAACAGGAUACAUCGACCUAGCUUUAUGGUUUCCCUUUUCGUUUAUUUCACACUCUUUUGCCACUGUGCUUCUUAAUCAGUCUCUUGAGUUUUGGCAAAUAAAUCAAAUGCUAAUUAGCUUCAAACUA